CAGUGGUAUAUAAACACUGCAGGUACAAAGAGGAUUGUACUGAAGGCAUCUGUCUCGUCUUCAACAGGAUACCUUUUGAAUACAACAUGAAUGGGCUUACUGGAGUCAAAGUCCUGCUGUGCGUCGUCUUGGCACUAGCUGUCUUGACUAAUGAAGCUGUUGCUUCACUGGGAGGUGGUGUCGGAGGUGGCAGAUCCCUAGGAGGUGGUGUUGGAGGUGGCAGAUCUCUAGGAGGAGGUGUCGGAGGUGGAAGAUCUCUAGGAGGUGGUGUCGGAGGUGGAAGAUCUCUAGGAGGUGGUGUCGGAGGAGGCAGAUCUCUUGGAGGUGGUGUCGGAGGGGGAAGAUCCCUAGGAGGUGGUGUUGGAGGAGGCAGAUCUCUUGGAGGUGGUGUCGGAGGGGGAAGAUCCCUAGGAGGUGGUGUUGGAGGUGGCAGAUCUCUAGGAGGUGGUGUCGGAGGUGGAAGAUCUCUAGGAGGUGGUGUCGGAGGAGGCAGGUCUCUUGGAGGUGGUGUCGGAGGUGGAAGAUAAAUCAACAGCAAGUAAAUUCCUGCUGAAUAAAGGAAGACUCAUGUCAAAA